UAUCAGUAUGUGUGUGUGGUGUGCACGCGCGCGGCAAUGUCUCACCUAUCACCAGCAGCAGCAGCAGCACUGGUAGUGAGUCUGCAUGUGGGCUCGAGCCAGCGGCGCUGAAGGCUGAAGCAUCCGGGCCGUACUGCGCAGAGAUGCGGCGCACGUAGACGCGACAUGCGGACGGCACCGCCUCACCUCCACGCUGUGAUCAUGGUUCAUAUGGUUCAUAUGGUUCACACACCGCUCAGAUAAUCUUUGAUGUUUGUUUGGAAAUGGCGACGCUGAAGUCGAGGUGAGCAGCUCCCUUGCUGCCUGAGGAGACUGUGCGCACUUUUCUGCUGUUCUCUCUCCAGGACGAACACACUCAGCAGAUUUUAUUUUGUUGCUUUUUUCUAUUGAGACUACAAACUAAAGGAAUCAUGACGACGGGUCAGGAUGAAAGCACGGUCCGUGUGGCUCUGAGGAUUCGUCCUCAGCUGGCCCGGGAGAAAAUAGAAGGAUGUCACAUCUGCACAUAUGUGAUGCCCGGGGAGCCUCAGGUGAUCCUGGGCAAAGACAAGUCCUUCACCUACGACUACAUGUUCGACAUGGACUCCCAGCAGGACUCCAUCUACACCUCCUGCACCGAGAAGCUGAUCGAGGGCUGCUUCGAGGGCUACAACGCCACCGUGUUUGCAUAUGGACAGACGGGUUCAGGGAAGACGUACACCAUGGGGACGGGUUUUGAUGUCAACAUUUCAGAGGAGGAGCUGGGCAUCAUCCCCCGUGCCGUCCACCAUCUCUUUAAGGGCAUCGAGGAGCGCCGAGAGGCCGCCCAGGAGCAGGGACGCCCCGUACCCGAGUUCAAAAUCAACGCCCAGUUCUUGGAGCUCUAUAACGAGGAAGUUCUGGACCUGUUCGACUCUACACGAGACAUGAAGCAGAAAUCCCUCAUAAAGAUCCACGAGGACGCCACCGGGGGAAUCUACACGGUCGGCGUGACCACACGGACCGUGUCCUCCGCGGCUGAGAUGAUGCAGUGCCUGAAGCUGGGCGCUCUGUCCCGCACCACAGCCAGCACUCAGAUGAACGUCCAGAGCUCUCGAUCCCACGCCAUCUUCACCAUCCACCUGUGCCAAGUUCGCGUCUGUGCCUCCGACAAUCAAGACACUGAGACUGAUAACAGAGUCUCCAACGGGAACUCUGAGAUGGACGAGUACGAGACGCUGACAGCAAAGUUUCACUUUGUGGAUCUCGCCGGUUCAGAGAGGCUGAAGAGAACCGGAGCGACGGGAGACCGAGCCAAAGAGGGCAUCUCCAUCAACUGUGGACUGCUCGCUCUGGGGAAUGUAAUCAGCGCUCUGGGUGACCGGAGCAAGAGGAGCUCACACGUGCCUUACAGAGACUCCAAACUGACCCGACUUCUGCAGGACUCGUUAGGAGGAAACAGCCAAACAGUGAUGAUUGCGUGCAUCAGCCCGUCUGACCGUGACUUCAUGGAGACUCUGAACACGUUAAAGUACGCCAACCGAGCCCGAAACAUCAAGAACAAGGUGAUGGUGAACCAGGACAAGGCCAGCCAGCAGAUCAGCGUCCUGAGGACGGAGAUCGCUCGACUGCAGAUUGAGCUGAUGGAGUACAAGACGGGAAAACGCCUGAUGGGUGAAGACGGCGUAGAGAGCUUCAGCGACAUGUUCCACGAGAACUCCAUGCUGCAGACGGAGAACAGCAACCUGAGGGUGAGGGUGAAGGCCAUGCAGGAGACGAUCGACGCCCAGAGAGCGAGGCUCACUCAGGUGCUCAGUGACCAGGCCAACCAGGCGCUCGCCCGGGCAGGUGAGGGCGGAACUGAAGAAAUUGGAAACAUGAUUCAGGGUUACAUCAAAGAGAUUGAGGACCUCAGAGCCAAACUCCUGGAGAGCGAGGCUGUGAAUGAGAACUUGAGGAAGAAUCUGUCCCGUGCCUCCAAUCGCCAGUCGUUCUACGGAGGGCCCGGCUCCUUCUCCUCCACGAUGAUGGCCCCCGAGAAGGAGACCUCCGACAUCAUCGAGCUCGCCAAGAAAGACCUGGAGAAACUGAAGAAGCGAGAGAAGAAGAAAAAGAAAAGUGCCACCAAGGAGGAAGUUCCUGACAACGAUCAAGAAAAGGGGACAGAGAAGGAGAUGACGGAGCGAGUCAACGAGGAUGGAGAAAUGGAGGUCCAGGAAGGCAGCGACCAUGAGGAGGCAGAGGAGGAAGAGGACGAGGACGAAGAGGAGAUGGAUGUGGAGGAGAGCUCAGAUGAUUCUGACUCAGAGUCGGAUGAAAAAGAGAACUUCCAGGCCGACCUGGCCAACAUCACCUGCGAGAUCGCCAUCAAGCAGAAGCUGAUCGACGAGCUGGAGAACAGCCAGCGGCGUCUGCACACGCUCAAACAGCAGUACGAGCAGAAGCUGAUGAUGCUGCAGUGCAAGAUCCGGGACACCCAGCUGGAGCGGGACCGCGUGCUCCACAACAUGACGUCAGUCGAAAGCGGCACAGAAGACAAGUCUCGUAAAAUCAAGGCAGAGUACGAGAAGAAGCUGAGCGUCAUGAACAAAGAGAUGCAGAAGCUUCAGUCGGCUCAGAAGGAGCACGCACGCCUCCUGAAGAACCAAUCACAGUACGAGAAGCAGCUGAGGAAGCUGCAGAUGGACGUGGCCGAGAUGAAGAAGACUAAGGUUCGUCUCAUGAAGCAGAUGAAGGAGCAGCAGGAGAAGAACAGGAUGAACGAGUCUCGCAGAAACAGAGAGAUAGCUUCCUUGAAGAAAGACCAGCGCAAGCAAGAGCACCAACUGAAGUUACUGGAGGCCCAGAAAAGACAGCAGGAGCUCAUUCUGCGCAGAAAGACUGAGGAGGUGACGGCUCUGAGGAGGCAGGCCAGGCCCACCUCAGGUAAAGUCAUCAGGAAGGUCAAUCUGUCGGAUUCAGUGCAGGACUCUCCUCACAGACCUCCAUCUGGACGCAUGUACUCCUCGGGCAACGCUGCUCCCAAUGGCACCCGGCUCUCCUACAGACGGACAGCCGGUCUUUAUUCCACUAGAAUAGCUCGCAAUAAAUGGCAGUCUCUGGAGCGACGGGUCUCUGACAUCAUCAUGCAGCGGAUGACCAUCUCCAACAUGGAGGCCGACAUGAACCGCCUCCUCAAGCAACGAGAGGAGCUGACCAAGCGUAAAGAGAAGGUGAUCAGGAAGAGAGACCGGGUGGUCAAGGAGGGACCAGAGGUGGAGAAGGCGAUGCUUCCUUUGAAUGAGGAAGUGGAAGCGUUGGGGGCGAACAUCGACUACAUCAACGACAGCAUCGCAGACUGUCAGGCCAACAUCAUGCAGAUGGAGGAAGCAAAGGAGGAAGGCGACAUCUUGGACGUCUCUGCUGUGGUCGGUUCCUGUACCCUGACUGAAACUCGUUUUCUCUUGGAUCACUUCAUGUCAAUGGCUAUCAACAAGGGUCUCCAGGCGGCUCAGAGGGAGUCUCAGGUGAAGGUGAUGGAGGGUCGGCUGAAGCAGACAGAGAUCACGAGCGCCACACAGAACCAGCUGCUGUUUCACAUGCUGAAGGAGAAGGCCGAGUUCAACCCGGAGCUGGAUGCUUUGCUGGGGAACGCUCUGCAAGAGCUAGGUAACAUCCCUCCUGAGAACGGGGAUGACAGCAGCAGUGAUGAGUCAGCACAGAGCCCAUCUGCAGAGGGAACUACCUUGGCUUCAGAUCUCAUGAAACUCUGUGGAGAGACCAAAACAAGAAGCAAGGCUCGUAGAAGGACUACCACUCAGAUGGAGUUGCUGUACGCAAACAGUGACUCCGCCCCCGAUGCACCCACUGCCGACUUCUCCAGUCCGAUGCUGCCGUUAGCCGAAACACCCGAUGGGGGAGGAGACAUGGACACGUCAGGCUCAUCAGUCAGGGACUUCACAGCUCUCUCCCCCGGCUUUUCCUCUAAAAUGGGCAGCAUUUCUGGCUCCAGAACUUCGCCAGGGCUGGAGAAGCGAGCUCCGGAGCCCUCCCCGCUCUCUCGCAGGAAGACCUAUGACAAGUCACAAGCAGCAUCCGACAGGGCAAAGGUCAAGGAGCUAAAACAUACAGAUGGAUGCUGUCACCUGCCCCCUCACCACACCCACCACACCCACCACACCCACCGUGCCUUUUCUCCUCCUCUCCCCGACCCGCCCAAGGGCGUCAUUAACCCUGUGCCGGCCACCAAGAGCAGCCGGUCGGCGACGCUGCAGUGCGUCCACGUGGCGGAGGGACACAGCAAAGCCGUUCUGUGUGUCGACUGCACCGAUGACCUCCUCUUCACCGGAUCCAAAGAUCGGACCUGUAAGGUGUGGAAUCUGGUGACGGGUCAGGAGAUAAUGUCCCUGUCUGGUCACCCCAACAACGUGGUGUCGGUACGCUACAGCUCCAGUUUAGUCUUCACCGUCUCCACCUCCUACAUCAAAGUCUGGGACAUCCGGGACUCUGCCAAGUGCAUUCGAACGCUCACGUCUUCUGGUCAGGUUAAUGUCGGGGAUGCUUGUUCGGCUAACACCAGCAGGACGGUCACCAUCCCUGCAGGAGAGAACCAGAUCAACCAGAUCGUUCUCAACCCCAACGGCUCGGUUCUGUACGCAGCCGCUGGGAACUCUGUCAGAGUGUGGGACCUGCGAAGAUUUGCAUCCACUGGGAAACUUACUGGUCACCUGGGUCCUGUGAUGUGCCUGACUGUGGAUCAGUCUGGAAACAACCAAGACAUGGUGAUCACCGGGUCCAAGGAUCACUACAUCAAGCUGUUUGAUGUGUCUGAAGGCUCUCUGGGAAGCAUCAGCCCCACACACAACUUUGAACCUCCACAUUACGACGGUAUCGAGUCACUGGUGAUCCAGGGAGACAUGUUCUUCAGCGGCUCUCGAGACAACGGCAUCAAGAAGUGGGACCUGGACCGCAAAGACCUGCUGCAGCAAGUCCCGAACGCCCACCGUGACUGGGUAUGUGCGCUCGGUGUUGUCCCCGGGUCGCCCGCCCUGCUGAGCGGCUGCAGAGGUGGGGUUCUCAAGCUGUGGCACACAGACACUCUGGGGACUCUGGGGGAGCUGAAGGGUCACGAGAGUCCCAUCAACAGCAUCUCUACUAACAGCAGCCACCUGUUCACCGCCUCCGAUGACCGGGCCGUGAAGAUCUGGCGUGCACGCGGAGGACUCGACAGCAACCUGGAGCCCGUUGAAAAUGUGGACGAGGCGGCCAGUACCUGAUCACAGCGCCCCCUGCUGGGUGUGACUCUAACUGCGUUUCUUGAUGCUGCGUCCCUGCACUUUGACCCCCUAACUUCUCGACACCUUCCACGCCGUAAACCCUUUGACACUGAGCCGACCGGAGAGUCAUUUCACGUCAACCAAGUGCUAGCACUUUUCUAUCUCCCUUUUCUUAGACUCGUGCUAGUAAGUUUUAGUUUCAUGUACUGUUAAUAUUAACUAACUGCAGCAUUUUUUCUCUUUGCGCUGUAGGAGGUUUGAUAAUCUGAGAGUUGAAUACGACUAAGAUGGGAAAGAUCUCGGCUUGUGAGCUUUAUUCGGCGCUUUGCCUGAAUGCAACAGAAGUAAACAGACGGAGUGGAGUAGGAGAGAAGGCGGCCGAGCUUACGGGUUGGUAGCUGGUCUUCCUCAACCCGGUUUGAUGGGAUUGUUGAGAUUUCUUUCUGCACUUGAAGCAGAGCCAAUGUCCCCGCACUCCCUCUUCCCUUAAGAUUAACAAAAGUGGCUUUACUGUCUGUGUAAAAGACAAAUCAUCGCUCCCCUUAACCCUCUGUUUUUGUGCUCCUCCCCUCCUGGAUUAUGCAGCUGUUUCAAACCAGCGACCAAAAUCGUGCAAACUGAUCGUCUUUGUUGUCCUGCACUCGUGAACACAUCACACCUUACAGUAGCAGACUCACUCACAGCAACAGUUUGACCUCUUGUGAGGUCGGCUUAUUUUGCUUCCUCUCACUACUCUUGUGUCUGUCUGAGAAAUACAAGACCACAGUAAUCAGCUAGUUAAGAUAGCUUAGCUUAUCUUAAAGACUGAGUACUAUCCAGCUACAGCCCUGGAGCCAAGCCCUUCACAUACCCAUGUAUAUGCCCCUUUUUCAAACUCAGAAGUUUGAAAGUAACAUCAACAGACUGGCAUCAUGCAGUGUUUUCUGAAUAAAUAAACAAUAGCACAUCCAUCACUCCCGGCACACCAGGAGCUCUGGUACAUGAGGGGCUUGGCUCCAGGGCUGCAGCUGCAUGCAGCUCAGAAAACUGCAAAAUCUGACAACCUGCUCCUUCAAAGUUUACUUAUUCAUAUUUGACUUUCUGAUUAAUCCAUGCACCAAAACAAAACACAUCUAAAAGUGAUGUUUUGUGGUUUUUACUGGGAGGAUCAAAACAGAGGAAAAUCAGCACUUUCUUCAACAUUAUAAUCAUUUUAAUGGCAGAUAAAGUGAAUCAAGGAAGACAAUUUUGCAGCUCAGUUCCUUCGAAAGUUUCACUCCUAAUAGAGACGUGACAGCGAAUAGUAGCAGCAUUGUAAUCAGAUGAGCCGAGCCGCUGAUGCUGCUGCCUGUGAAGACGCUCGCCGAGUCACCAGUUGCUGAUUUUUCAAACAUAAGGUCUGUUUCAGCAGCAGUCAGCUCGUAGCGACGUCAGCUGGCCAAGUGUGUUAGAAUCGUACGGCUGGUCGAAAUGACACGGAGACAUCAGAGCGGCUAUAUUUAGAGCAGAUCCAAACCUUCACUGAGAGCCAAGAGAACAGUGAUGGAUUGAUUUAAGACAGACACAUCAUUGAUAUUCAUUCAAAUAGAGAAAGGCUGAAUUUACUGUCGUCUUUUUCAUGAGAACCUUUUCUCAGGUGUGCUUAUGUCUUAAAACAGGGACUUCAGAUACAAUGUGCUUGAUUAUAUCUCAACCAGACUGUAAACUCCUCUCCUAGUUUAUUUUUACACCUUUUAGACGUAUGGAUCUGUAAAAACAAAGACACACAGAGUUAUUUCUUGAGCUUGCAGUAAUUUCCAGGUUCCCCAAAGCCCAAGCCAGGCUAGCUGUUCCCCCUUACCUCCAGUCUUUCUCCUAAGCUAAGCUAACUAUCUGCUGUUUCUUCAUGUAACUCCACAAGGCGGUAAAUAAACCUUCAUCAGAAGAUGUCAAACUCUGCCCGUCACUCUUGAGCACUCGUGAAAACUGACACGAUUCUUCUUUUUGAAACCCUUCCUCCUUGGUAAAUGUGAGCCGGUUCAGCCUUCAAUAUAUAUUCUUCACUUGUUGUCCAUGUUUCAUCGUGUGUAUAAACGUACGUUCACUCUUCACAUGUUGCAGUUAGCGCUCACUGAACCUUCACUACUGAGAUGUGGUCUAACUCCCGUGCUGCUACGUCGUGUGCUCACCUUCUUCAACCCUAUAAGAGGGCUCUCUCUCGUCACGGACUCCGGGUGAGGUCCAAUCACUACCGAGCAAUGUGUUUGUAUAUAAGUGUAAUAGUAUAUUUUUGUUUGUUUGGAGAGGAGAGGCCUUCAGACUUCUGCCCGUGGUGUUGUGAGCCUAACCCUCGUCUGUCUCCCAGUUCUGAUCCUUGUGGGGCCUUCCUGGAGACACUCGCGGUCUCCCCUGAUGUAACUGUCGCGAUUGUGUGCUGUCACUUUUGAAUGUUUGGUGAAACAGCAGCUGUAGGCAUCAUUUAUUAAGGACAUAUCUAAUGUAUGUAAACAAUGUAUUUAAAAAGAAUCAGACUGAAUGUUAGUAUCGUGGGACCACCGAUCUGAACGCAGUCUCACACUCGAGAGGAGCCGAGAGGACCAGAAUUGGCGAGCAGAGUGAAAGCUGAGGAUGGAGUUUUUCCCUCCGGUGAGCUGGCAGGUUGUGUUUAGUGGCCUACACUUAGUUUCUUUUUUUUUUUAAUUCCUCUGUUCUGUUUGUUAUGCGCUCCCUGUUCCACAUUUCCCGGGCGUCCCCCUCCCUCUCUGGAGUUUUAGAAGCCAUUCCAGAGUGGCGGACUCUGUAGCGAUUCUAAUGUCAGAUGCCUGAUGAGAAUAAACGCCAUCUGUCAAAAACAA